AGGGCAGAGCUGGAAGUUGGAGGAGUUGGAGGGUCCCCCCACCCCCGCCCCACCAGGGCUGCCCUGAGGAGACGCAGAUGCAGGAGCCAGUGUCGGGGCGCGGGCGGGGUGGUAGGGCUGCGGGGAAGGUUCCGGCUGCGGCCCGGGGGCCUUGUGCGGGCUCUGCGCAGCCCAGGUGGCGACCGCUGUGGCUGGAAGCCGUGUGUGGGGGCCGGGGGUCGUGCUGAGCAGCGUGGCUGUCCCCGGAUACAGCCGUUCUCAGCUGGAGACGAAACUCCCACGUCAGCUUCGGACCCCCGAGACGUUAAGAAAUAUGUAAACCCCUCCGCCUCCGCAAACACCGAGACGCAAGUAUUGUAGACUGAGCCCAAAUGAGCCUGUGUCCCCCGAGCACUCAUGAUGAAGCAGCAUCUGGCUCUGAUCGGCUUGGCCUUCCUGUGGCUGCUUCCGGGGGGACACCCUCAGCAGACAGCGGAGGACGCCUGCUCCCUGCAUAUUCUUGUCCCAGGCCUCAAAGGGGAUGCUGGAGAGAAGGGAGACAAAGGUGCACCCGGACGGCCUGGAAGAGUCGGCCCCACAGGAGAGAAAGGAGACAUGGGUGACAAAGGACAGAAGGGCAGUGUGGGUCGCCAUGGAAAAAUUGGUCCCAUUGGUUCUAAAGGUGAAAAAGGAGAUUCUGGUGACAUGGGACCCCCUGGCCCUAAUGGAGAACCAGGCAUCCCAUGUGAGUGCAGCCAGCUGAGGAAGGCCAUCGGCGAGAUGGACAACCAGGUCACGCAGCUGACGACCGAGCUAAAAUUCAUAAAAAAUGCACUGCCCUCCCCCGCAGCUGUCGCCGGCGUGCGCGAGACGGACAGUAAGAUCUACCUGCUGGUGAAGGAGGAGAAGAGGUACGUGGACGCGCAGCUGUCCUGCCAGGGCCGCGGGGGCACGCUGGGCAUGCCCAAGGACGAGGCCGCCAACGGCCUGAUGGCCGCCUACAUCGCGCAGGCCGGCCUGGCCCGCGUCUUCAUCGGCAUCAACGACCUGGAGAGGGAGGGCACGUUCGUGUACUCGGACCGCUCGCCCAUGCAGACGUUCAACAAGUGGCGCAGCGGCGAGCCUAACAACGCCUACGACGAGGAGGACUGUGUGGAGAUGGUGGCCUCGGGCGGCUGGAACGACGUGGCCUGCCAUGUCACCAUGCACUUCCUGUGCGAGUUCGAUAAGGAGCACGUGUGAGCGCGGUGGCCGGUCCCCCUCCGCCCCCACCCCGGGCCGCCCCUGCCACCCCCCGUGCCUCCCGUGCGCUUGCCCUCUGCGCUGGCGGCCCCACCUCCCGUUGGCUGCGUUUCUGGGCCGGGGACAGCGUGGUGCUCGGGAGGGAGACCGCGGGGCUGGCUGGGGGCCUGGUGGCCGAAGAAGUCACGUGUUAUCCCCCUUACCGUCGCCGCCGGCUCCGUGGGGGAAUUGUUACUCAGAAUCGCUCUGCCUUUGUCCAAACUAUAAAAUAAAAGCUUGAAAUACGA